AUGCGGCUCUGGAGUUGGGUGCUGCGCCUGGGGCUGCUGAGCGCCGCGCUGGGCUGCGGGCUGGCCGAGCGCCCCCGCCGGGCCCGAAGAGACCCUCGGGCUGUGCGCACCCCGCGCCCCGCCACCAGCCCGGCCACCUGCGCCACCCGGGCGGCCCGCGGUCGCCGCUCCUCGCCGCCGCCGCCUCCGGGCGGUGCCUGGGAAGCCGUGCGCGUCCCCCGGCGGCGGCAGCAGCGGGCGGCGAGGGGCGCCGAGGAGCCGAGCCCGCCGAGCCGGGCGCUCUAUUUCAGCGGGAGAGGGGAGCAGCUGCGCCUCCGGGCCGAUCUGGAGCUGCCCCGCGACGCCUUCACACUGCAAGUGUGGCUGCGAGCGGAGGGGGGCCAGAAGUCUCCAGCCGUGAUCGCAGGACUGUAUGACAAAUGUUCUUAUACCUCACGUGACCGAGGAUGGGUCGUGGGCAUUCACACCAUCAGUGAUCAAGGCAACAGAGACCCACGCUACUUUUUCUCCUUGAAGACAGACCGGGCCAGGAAAGUGACCACCAUUGAUGCCCAUCGCAGCUACCUGCCAGGCCAGUGGGUAUACCUAGCUGCUACCUACAAUGGGCGACAGAUGAAGCUCUAUUUGAAUGGUGCCCAGGUGGCAACCUCUGGGGAGCAAGUCGGUGGCAUAUUCAGCCCACUGACCCAGAAGUGUAAAGUGCUCAUGUUGGGGGGCAGUGCUCAAAAUCACAACUUCAGGGGCCACAUCGAGAACUUCCGUCUAUGGAAGGUAGCCAGAACACAGAGAGAGGUACUGUCUGACAUGGAAAGCCAUAGCCUUCACACCCCUCUACCUCAGCUCCUCCUCCAGGAGAACUGGGACAAUGUGAAGCGCACUUGGUCCCCCAUGAAGGAUGGUAACAUCCCCCGCAUGGAAUUCAGCAAUGCCCACAGCUUCCUGUUGGACACUAGUUUAGAGCCCCCUCUUUGUGGGCAGACGCUAUGUGACAACACAGAAGUCAUCUCCAGUUACAACCAGCUCCCAAGUUUCCGUCGCCCUAAGGUGGUACGCUAUCGUGUGGUCAACAUCUAUGACGAUGACCAUAAGAACCCAACGGUGAGCCUGCAGCAGAUCGACUUUCAACACCAGGAGCUGGCUGAGGCCUUCCAGCACUACAACAUCUCCUGGGAGCUGGAGGUGCUGGACAUAAACAGCUCCUCUCUGCGUCAUCGCCUCAUCCUCGCCAACUGUGACAUCAGCAAGAUUGGGGAUGAGAAAUGCGACCCCGAAUGCAACCAUACACUGACCGGCCAUGAUGGUGGGGACUGCCGCCAGCUGCGCUACCCCGCCUUCAUGAAGAAGCAGCAGAAUGGUGUGUGUGACAUGGACUGUAACUAUGAAAGGUUUAAUUUCGAUGGUGGCGAGUGCUGUGACCCAGACAUCACUGAUGUCACUAAGACGUGCUUUGAUCCCGAUUCUCCACACAGAGCCUACUUGGAUGUUAAUGAGCUAAAGAACAUUCUUAGAUUGGAUGGAUCAACACAUCUCAAUAUUUUCUUUGCAAACUCUUCAGAGGAGGAGUUGGCGGGAGUGGCAACUUGGCCAUGGGACAAGGAGGCCCUAAUGCACUUGGGCGGCAUUGUCUUGAACCCAUCUUUCUAUGGCAUUCCUGGACACACCCACACCAUGAUCCAUGAGAUUGGGCACAGCCUGGGCCUCUAUCACAUCUUCCGUGGCAUCUCAGAAAUCCAGUCCUGCAGUGAUCCCUGCAUGGAGACAGAGCCCUCAUUUGAAACUGGAGACCUCUGCAAUGACACCAACCCAGCCCCCAAACACAAGUUUUGUGGAGACCCUGGACCAGGGAAUGACACUUGUGGCUUUCAUAGCUUCUUCAACACUCCUUACAACAACUUCAUGAGCUAUGCAGAUGACGACUGUACAGACUCUUUCACGCCCAAUCAAGUCUCCAGAAUGCACUGUUACCUGGACCUGGUAUACCAGAGCUGGCAGCCCUCCAAAAAGCCGGCCCCUGUAGCCCUUGCCCCCCAGGUUGUGAGCCACACAACCGACUCUGUGACGCUAGAGUGGUUCCCACCCAUCGAUGGCCACUUCUUUGAAAGAGAAGUGGGAUCAGCAUGUGACCUUUGCCUAGAAGGGAGAAUCCUGGUGCAGUAUGCUUUCAAUGCCUCUUCCCCGAUGCCCUGUGGACCAUCAGGGCACUGGAGUCCUCGGGAAGCAGAAGGUCAUCCAGAUGUGGAACAGCCAUGUAAAUCCAGUGUCAGAACCUGGAGUCCAAACUCAGCAGUCAAUCCACACACAGUCCCUCCAGCUUGUCCUGAGCCACAAGGCUGCCACCUUGAGCUGGAAUUCCAGUACCCAUUGGUCCCUGAAUCUCUGACUAUCUGGGUGACCUUUGUCUCCACUGACUGGGAUUCUAGUGGAGCCGUCAAUGACAUCAAACUAUUGACUGUCAGUGGAAAGAACAUCUCUUUGGGUCCUCAAAAUGUGUUCUGUGAUAUCCCACUGACAAUCAGACUCCGAGAAGUGAGUGAGGAGGUAUAUGGCAUCCAGAUCUAUACUCUUGAUGAACACCUGGAGAUUGAUGCAGCCAUGCUGACCUCCACUUCAGACAGCCCACUCUGUAUGGAGUGUAAACCCCUACAGUAUAAAGUGCUCCGGGACCCUCCUCUUCAGGACGACAUAGCCUCAUUACUGCACCUCAACAGAAGAUUCGUGGACAUGGAUCUGAAACUUGGCAAUGUGUACCAGUACCAGAUUAUCACCAUUUCAGGAACCAAAGAGAGUGAGCCAUCACCGGCUGCCAUAUACACCCAUGGAAGUGGGUACUGUGGUGAUGGCAUUAUCCAGAAGGGCCAAGGGGAAGAGUGUGAUGACAUGAAUAAGAUCAAUGGUGAUGGCUGCUCCCUUUUCUGCCAGCAAGAAGUCUCCUUCAACUGUGUCGAUGAACCCAGCCGGUGCUAUUUCCAUGAUGGGGAUGGGAUGUGUGAAGAGUUUGAACAAAAAACUAGCAUUAAAGACUGCGGUGUCUACACACCCCAGGGGUUCCUGGACCAGUGGGCGUCCAAUGCUUCAGUAUCCCAUCAAGACCAGCAGUGCCCAGGCUGGGUUGUUAUCGGGCAACCAGCAGCAUCGCAGGUGUGCCGAACCAAGGUGAUAGAUCUCAGUGAAGGCAUUUCCCAGCAUGCUUGGUACCCUUGCACCAUUAAUUACCCAUACUACCAGCUGCCUCAGACCACAUUCUGGCUCCAGACAUAUUUCUCUCAGCCAAUGGUUGCUGCAGCUGUUAUUAUCCAUCUGGUGACUGAUGGGACAUACUAUGGGGACCAAAAGCAAGAGACCAUCAGUGUCCAGCUGCUUGAUACCAAAGAGCAAAGCCAUGAUCUAGGCCUCCAUGUCUUGAGCUGCAGAAACAAUCCCCUGAUUAUCCCUGUGGUCCAUGACCUCAGCCAGCCCUUCUACCAUAGCCAAGCAGUACGUGUGAGCUUCACAUCGCCCCUGGUCGCCAUCUCGGGGGUGGCCCUCCGCUCCUUCGACAACUUUGACCCCGUCACCCUGAGCAGCUGCCAGAGAGGAGAGACCUACAGUCCUGCUGAGCAGAGCUGUGUGCAUUUUGCCUGUGAAGCCACGGACUGUCCAGAAUUGACUGUGGAGAAUGCUUCUCUCAACUGUUCCAGCAAUCACCGCUACCAUGGUGCCCAGUGCACUGUGAGAUGUCAGACAGGUUAUGUGCUGCAGAUACAGCGGGAUGAUGAGUUGAUCAAGAGCCAGAUAGGACCAAGCAUCACAGUGACAUGUACGGAAGGCAAAUGGAACAAGCAGGUGGCAUGUGAGCCAGUGGACUGCGGGGUCCCAGAUCAUCAUCACGUCUAUGCUGCCUCCUUCUCCUGCCCAGAGGGCACCACUUUUGGUAGAAGAUGCUCCUUUCAGUGUCGCCACCCUGCCCAGUUGAAAGGCAACAACAGCAUUCUGACCUGUAUGGAAGAUGGACUGUGGUCCUUCCCAGAGGCCCUGUGUGAGCUCAUGUGCCUCGCACCACCUCCAGUUCUUCACGCAGACCUGCAGACAGCCAGAUGUCGCGAGAACAAGCACAAGGUGGGAUCCUUCUGCAAGUACAAGUGCAAGCCUGGAUACCACGUGCCUGGCUCUUCUCGGAAGUCCAAGAAACGGGCUUUCAAGACUCAAUGUACCCAAGAUGGCAGCUGGCAGGAGGGAACUUGUGUGCCUGUGACUUGUGACCCACCUCCAGCCAAAUUCCAUGGGCUCUACCAAUGCAGUAAUGGCUUCCAGUUCAACAGUGAAUGCAGGCUCAAAUGUGAAGACAGCGACGGCUCCCAGGGCCGUGGGAGCAACAUCAUUCACUGCCGCAAAGACGGCACUUGGAGCGGCUCCUUCCAUGUCUGCAGAGAGAUGCAAGGCCAGUGCUUGGCCCCAAACCAGCUCAACAGUAACCUCAAAUUGCAGUGUCCUGAUGGCUAUGCCAUAGGGUCAGAGUGUGCCACCUCGUGCCUGGAUCACAACAGUGAGUCCAUCAUCCUGCCAGUGAAUGUGACGGCGCGUGACAUUCCCCACUGGAUGAACCCCCCACGAGUAGAGAGGAUCGUCUGCACUGCUGGUCUCCAGUGGUAUCCCCACCCUGCUCUGAUCCACUGUGUCAAAGGCUGUGAGCCAUUCAUGGGAGACAAUUAUUGUGAUGCCAUCAACAAUCGAGCCUUCUGCAACUAUGAUGGUGGGGACUGUUGCACUUCCACAGUCAAGACCAAAAAGGUCACUCCCUUUCCUAUGUCCUGUGACCUACAAGAUGACUGUGCCUGUCGGGACCCUGAAGCCCAAGAACACAGCCGGAAAGACCUUCGGGGAUACAGUCAUGGCUAAACAAAGGAAUUGUCCAAGAUUUCCCAACGCCAGGACCCGCAUCCCUCUGGUAUUGAUUUCACAGUCUGCUGCUCAAUGAAAUGGCCUCUCCACACCAGGGAUCCUUAGCACCCAACCGGUCUGCCUUUAAUUUCACCCAGGAAGAACCAACUGUGGGGCAAUGAACUGAAUCUCACCAUGUUGAAUGAUAGAAUGGCAUACUAUCCCACAGUCUAAGAUGGAUUACGUACACAGCAUGUAGUCCCAGAGCCUCUGAAAAUUCUAACCAUUUGUCACAUGACCACAGCCCAAAGCAACAACAACAAAAUCAUGUUUUCUAUCAAGGAGUAUGCACAUCUGUGGUUAGUGCACAUGCAUGCAUACACACCCAAACAAACAUCUGUGUGAGGGCAGUUUUAGAAAAUAAGCAGAAAACAACUGGAAAAACAAAACAACAACAAAAGCGCAUCUCACUCUUGCCUUUCCCAGGCUUCCAGCCAACACUGUCCUUGGGAGAAAGAGACUUAUAGAAACUACAACAAGGACUGAAAAGCAAAUAUAACUCAGAAUCCAAGUCACAGAAAAUGUAGUGCAUACAUCAUUAUGUAGGUUUUGAGACCAGAAGUGAAUGGUUUGUGACUAUGAAUCUUCUAGGGAACUAGGGACCAAGAGUAAGUAAAUAUUCCAAUGGGUGCAAAGCUCCCCAUUUUAUUCUGCUGCCAUGGGAAUUUUGCCCCAACACCAGGGUGUAAGGCUGAGCUGGAAAUGGCUUAGGACUGCAGAGUCCUGUAUUCUAUCAGCUCCCUGCUUGAGACUUGAGGUCUUCAAAUGCCUUCCAGAUCCACCCGUUCUCCAGAUCUCCCCCUUCGGACCACACCUGCUGCUAUUCCUGCUGCUCUGCCCAUACACUGAGUGCUCUUUGGUGGUAGAAACUAGCUUAGGACAGACUCCGUAUAGUCAACUAGACUGCCUUAAAAGUGAUUCAUAUUAUUUCAGAGUUCCUCACUUCUUGGCCCAUCUUCAAGAAAAAAAACUUUAACAGGCUUAAGUCCUCCUUGAGUGGACUUCUUAUUCUGGAAAAGACUUGAGAGAUAUCAGAUGCUCAAGCCCUUCCUGAGAAUAUCUGAACCAGUGUUAGAUUUUCUAAUCAAGUGGAACAGUGUUAAGCCUGGGGAUGCUGGGGCCACCAGAGGCUGUUGGAAUGCUCAUGAUUUGGAUUACUAUCCUUCUUUAAGUUUUCCCAGCUCCCUAGGCUGGAGCAAGCUUUGGUCUUCAGACUCCCACUAUUACUCUAAGCAGAUGCAGUUCUAAAAUGUCUUGGAUAUGAACAACGUAGGUGGUAUUCUAGAGGAGGAGAGGAACAUUAAGAAGUUCUGGAGAUCCAGACUCAGCACCCAGCACAGUCACCAUACUUUCCUAGAUGCUAGGGCAUCUGUCCACAUUCACUGUUGAUCUCCACUCCUUCUCCUCCUCCCAUAUUUAGUUUUCAAACAUUAAGAGGAAAUGAGUCAACCGUACAUGGAAGCUAACAAUGUAUGCAGGGCCUCUGUUUUUCCGGUUACCUAUACACAUCCCCUAAAUUAAUAUGGGAAGAGAUUAACACAGGUUGAGGUGUAUAGAGUAGUUAAAUUUGAUAUAAUUUGUGAAACAUGCAGCUGGGAAGCAAGGAGAUGGCAAGAUCUAAAUGAACUGUAUAACUUAAAGAUGACAGGAUAUCAGUUGAUCUCAGGUUUAGUGGGAAUAACUAGUACAAGCAAAGUCUGGAACAGAAUGCAAUUGUCAGCCCACGUGCAGCCACCCUGCAUCUAAGGGUUCCAUUGGUAAUCUAUCAUGCUCCCCUUUCUACUAGGACCAACAGCAACUCCACAAACUGUGUUUUCAUAUUCUGACCAAUAGCUUUUUCCUACUGACCAAGAAUAUUUGAAAAGCUAUUUAUUGACCAUCAGUGGUUUGUAAUAUCAAGAAAUGUAUCAAGGUGCUUUUCCCACAGGUGCCCACAAAUAAGGAUGCAGUGCUUAGACUGUGCAGCUUGUCCUGUAUGAAGCUUGUCCUCUGCAGUUGAAGUCUAGAAUGGAGAGGUGGCCACUGAUGUAAUGGCCAAGUACUUUGGAUCCUCCAAGAGCAUAUCACAUAUAUACAUAGAGCACUCCCCACUCUAAUUACUAGGACCAAUCCUUAACAAAAUAUGAGAACAAUUAACUCUCCAGGAUCCUGAACCUUUUGCCAACCCUUCAGGCCCCUCUCUUGACUAGAUAUGUUGUGUCAGCUUAGAACAAGCUAAAGAGUAGUACAGGACCAGCCCAUCCAACAAUUAUGCCCAUAGUAGUACUGAAACCACCUAAGACCCAAAGAUGACAUUAUUAAUAGUAGAGUCAUGGAAACUGAAGAAAGAGCAUAAGAAUGUCUGUCAAUCACUCCUCAUCCAAGUCUCUCUUCCCUCCCACUGUCAUCUGUCCCUACUCUCCAGCCAAUUUCUGGAGGCUGGCUCCUCUUUGAAGAUUCAUACAGUGAAGUGGGCCUUUCCAGGCAAAAUCCCAUCCUGUUUUCUCCUUGCUGUCAAUCAAACCUGCUAGGAGCAAAUUCAUAUUUGCUGAGCCUAUUAGAUAAAAGAAGCUACACAACUGGUAGCCUGUCUCAUGCCCACAAGGGAUGUGUAAUUCAGAGGAUCUUCUCUUAGUGCAGGACAGUCAGCUGUAUUUGUGCAAUGCACUGAUUCUCAGUUUCAUUUUCUUCCUGAGAAUAAACUCCCUGUCACAUCCCCUCAAUCAUCUGCUCCAGACAAUGGGGUAAUCAGGAGGAGGCGGGUCUGCAACACUGUUGGACAGCCACAGCUUCGGGCCCCUAAAGCACAGUUCUGCAGCUGAAGAAGUAUCAGGCUGUUAGCAGCAAGGAAGCAAAGACGAGGUGGACAGUUCUCUAGGCCCCAUCUGCGAAAUUGUUCCAAACCGCAACUCACUGUCUGCCCAGAGGACUUGCAAUACCCCUAGAUUUUGUGCCAACAACCUCGUAUGGGAAGUCAGUGUGGGAAGGCAGUCAGUCCUGGGGAAGUCAGUGUGGGUAGGUGAAGAGGGGUGUAAAGCAGAGGAGAGAUUAAUAGUCUUAAAUAGCAGGCUUUUGGAAAGGGAGGAAAUCAGCUGCCGCACUUGGCCUCAGCACACUGGGCCACUGCCGAGACCAUUCUCUGUCUCAUUCCCACUUUGGCCAAUGCUUAAAUGCUAUUUGUUGAAAAUAAUUCUUUGGGACAGAUUUCAGCUACCUCCCUUCCAGGUUCGAUUUAACUUGGCUUUAACUGUCAGUUUGUUAAAGGUCUUACCUGUGUGAUUGUUUUUAAAGAAAUAAGUAGAAAAAGAAAUGAAAGAAAAGGGAAGAGCAGAAGAGGAGGAAAACUAUAGUCCUGUUAAGUGUGUGUGUGUGUGUGUGUCUGUGUGUGUGUGUGUGUGUGUGUUCUGGAACUAGUUCAAGUGAGAAAUAAAUUGAUGGUGACAAAGUUGUAAGGAUAGAAAUUAAUAGAAGACAAUAUGAUUGCACAGAACUAAAGUGUAUCAUCAAAACCUAAGAAUAUGAAUCGUAUUUUUAUUCUUCCUCGAGGAAACUGUUUAUUCUACAAAGUAUGUAGAGAUGACACAGAGAUUUCUCCAGAAGAUGAAGAUGGGAUUUUAUGGCACUGUCUGCUGUUUUCUAUACACUGUGGUAGAUCCAGGAAGUAAGGCAUUUUCUCCCUUGAAUUACUUUUAGUGGGACAUUGUUUUUUUUUUUUUUUUUUUUUUUGACUGUCUAUGGCAGAGGGGUCUGGGGGGAGUUAAUACCGGUUUUACCAAAUGUUAAGGAGAUAAACUAUGUCUUUGUCCUUGUCACACUAUAAGUUAUUUAUAUUUGCCAGUCUGGCCCUGAAUUUCCUGAAGAUCACACUCAGAACCAUCCUCCAUAGCCCAGUUCCUAAGAAGCUGCUACAUGACCAGACAGGUGAUCCCAAUGAAUUUUGAGGAAGAAAACAAAGUAAAGAACUAAAUACAAAAUGAAUUUUAUAAAAUCCUCUUUUUGUAAUUUAUUCAAGUUUUGCCAAAUUUCUAGCUGUUAUUUCCUUUGUAAGAGUAAUGUAAUAGCAAUGAAGGUAGAGGUUUAUGUGUCUGCACAAAGGUCCAGAAUGUUUGACUCCAGGCAUUAGUCAGUUCACUCAGUGAUCUUGAACACGUCAUCAGAUUGCCUCCACAUUUGCCUCAGUUUCUCUAGCUGAAAUAUGGGGAUACUACUACUUACCUACCUCACAGUGGGAGGAUAGAGGAUCAUGAGUCCUUGAGGCUUUUACAUGGACUGUGUAAUCUCUUGUAGAUACCACCUGGUGCAAAGUCCCGAGGUUGUUGUUCAAGAAUUCAUAGGUCUAUUGCCCUUUUCAGACCUAGGGAGCGCUUGACUGACAUUUCAAGGCAUAAACCCAGAAUGCCUGGAUUACAGUUCACCUUAAGAGAGUGCACAAGGGACUUUUUCUCUGUAGAUAACUGCAAGUUUCUCCUCCCUUGUUCUGGCCUUUACCAAUUCAACAAUUUGACCAAAAUCCAGUGACUUCCUACAGUGUAAAAGUCAGGCUCCUGCCAUCUGGUUAAGAUUUGGAGGGGGCAUUAAUAAUUUGCAGAGUAAGAGGGUCUGACAUCUUUCCUCCAGAAGAUUCCUCCCUUCCUACACUUAGUUUCCACAUCAUGUGCUUCAGUAAUAAGAGCGAUAACAUUCUGAGUAUAAGUUGGGCUUCUUAAACUUCACACCAGCAGUCAGUGAGAGGAGAACUAUGAACAAUUAUUGAGUUACUGUCUUGGGUCUCUAUAACCAAUAACCUGUCUGCAGAUUCCUAUCUAUAUAAAGAUAUUAUAUAUAAAUAAAAAUUUACAUAUAUAUGCACAUGUAUAUAUAGUUGUACAUAUAUGUGUGUAUAUAUAUACUUAAAUGUAAUAUUUACAAAACUGUGAUCUCAUCUAGAGAAAAUGUACUCAUAUUACAAACUGCUCUUCCAUAUUUAUGUAUCAUAUUAUACCUUUUUAUUAUUAUCAUAAUUAUUGAGGUUUUUUUCUAAUUAUUAUGAUCUUAGAAUCUGUUUGGCACCUUCUGGAAUACAACCAAAAAAUAUGACUCUUCAUUGAAGUGCUUAGAAUCUGUUCUCAUGAGAAUUCUACUGCUCUACUGUAAAAAACAAAAACAAACAAACAAAAAAAAAAAAAACAAAAAAAGCCACAAAAAAACAAAAAAAAGAAAGAAAAAGGAAGAGAGAGAGAGAGAGAGUUAAAAGAAAGAUAAAAGCAAAGUAAACACCAAAAACUAAAUACAACUCUAACCUUCUUCCUGUACCUCACGCGCAGAACGUGCUGCUCUUGGGUUGGGUUUUUAUUUUUCCUGUUGAUGUGUUUUUAUGGAUCUAAGUUAAGCUUUCAGCAAUAUAUAAAAAUGUAAAUAGUUAACUUUAUUUAUUAAGAAUGUCAUCUUUUUUAAUUUAUAUUUACACAAUGGUUCAUCUAAUUUAUUUUUUCUAUAUGGUUUUAAAUACUCAGACAUAUUUUGCUGUUCAUGGUAUUUUUUAUCCUCUUCUCAUGGAUUUAUGUUUUCAUAUUGUUCUUUCUGGUCUCAGUUACAGUUUGGAUCUGACACACAUACACAAAAAUAAUGUCAAAGACAAAUAUUUUGCCACUGUUGAUUACUAUACCUUAAAGUUCUAUAUUAUGAAAAUAUAUAAUAGCUUGUCUGUUUAAACAUAUUGUUGUGUGUUUUUUGUCUACUGUAGAGUCUUAUAGAAUGGACAUGUGUGCAUGUGUGUGCGCGCACACACACAUACACACAAUAACAUGAAAGAGAAUAUGUGAGUAUAUAACUUAGAAAAAUCAAUGAAAAACAUUAAAUUGAAUUUGAUGUGUACCAAAUCUUCUACAUAAUUCCUAAAGGAUAUUUAUAUUUUGUACAUGCACAACCUAGCCAACAUUAUUAUUCACUGUAAGACAUUUCCACUUUGUGGCCCUGAAGCAUACACCACUUGUCACUAUAUAUUGCUCUUUGAACUCUGUCUUCAACAAUAACCUCUGAGAUUAUUCUUUAUUUUCAUUAAAAAGAACCAGCGAAACAAAAACAAAACAGAUCACAUCCUGUCUUUUGGUUAUAACAUGGUUGUUGCACUCUUGAGCUCACUACAGAUGUUGGUACUACAUAAACCUGUGAGGAACUGGGGGGUCCUUCAACAUUCCAUCAUGUAUUAGGGAUUGGGACAGGGCUCUGGUUGUGAUGCCUCUCUCUAUGGUGUCACUGCCACUUCAUGGUUGCAGGUGAAGAGAAGUGUUAUUUUCUUCAAUGUUUCAGCAGUUGGCAAGGUGCCCAUGUUCCAGUAAAAAACCCUCUACCCAAGCUCAUACAAGCAAACCUAUUUAAACAAGUGUCAGACCAAAAACCAAUAAAGUGAGAAGACUACCUUGGAAAAGGGAUGUCUGCAGAGGUGGAAGGGGAACGAGACGAUGAGGGGUGAAUUUGAUUAGAAUACAAUGUAUAUGUACUAAAUUUUCAAAAUGAAUUUGUGUUAAAAUAAUAAAUAAAACAAUGAACACUUAGUCAUCCAGUCCAUUCAUGUACCCGAUAGCUGAGAUGGAAAUAUUGCUGCUUUCUCUCUAUGUAGAACAUUUUUACUGUUCUCCAGUCACCAGUUAGUAGGUAACUAGGCAGUUUUUGGAAAAUUAUUAAAUUGUUUUAAGGUUUUGUCUUCCUAUCUGUGAAAUGAAAAUAAAAUAUCAACAUCAUAAGGUUCCUUUUUUGUUUGCUGUUUUGUUUUUCAAGACAGGGCUUUUCUGUGUAGCCCUGGCUAUCCUAAAACUCACUCUGUAGACCAGGCUGGCCUCUUACUCAUGGAGAUCUGGAGAGCCCCCUGCCAUGAUUUAUUAAGUGCUGGGAUUAAGGGUAUGAAUCACAAUUAACAAAAGUUCAAAGACUGAUACUGUGGUUCAACCUAAAGACCCAAAAAGCAAAACAACCCAUCACUGGCUCUUACCUCGACCUCAGUCAAAAAUGGUGAUCCUGCCUCCAGGAAUUUCAGAAUGAGACUAUGUUUGAGAGCUGUUUCUUCCUGUUUUAUAAUCCUCUCUAGGGAUGGUAUUAUAGGCUUGUACCAUUGUGAUUAAAGGCAUGCACCGUCUGGUUUCUAUGGCAACAAAUGUGGCUACUGGGAUUAAAGGUGUGUGUCAUUGCUGACAGGUCGGUAAGGCUGGCCAGUGUGGCUGGUUUACUUUUCCAAUCCCCAGGCAAGCUUUACUUAUUAAAACACAAGUGAAAUGUCACACAAAGGUGUGUGCCACCACUGCCCGGCCCCUUCAUAAGGUUCUUAAUUGUAUAUCUUUUUAAAGAUAAGUUUUCAGUGAUUUAGAAAAUUCCUGCUACAGGUUGCAUUGGCUCUCUUCAUAUUGAGAUCAAAGGUGCUAUGGUAAGCAUUAAUAACAUACCAAUUUUAUUGUUGAAUUUAUUUUUAAAAUGAAUAAGAACAAUUUACCCUAGCAUGAUUCUUUCAUAGGUAUUUUAUAACAGUGGCACUGCCCACUAAGCUGUUGGCUGGCUGUCCCACCAGAAGGCAUCUCAAAAUACUUGUCUGUGUGCUGAUGUAUAAAGACAUGAGUUUUGUACAAAAAACAUUUGGGGGACAUCAGUAAGAGUUAUACGUAAAAUCAAGACAAGGGAAGUCAGGACAAGCUAUAAAAGCACAGUAUACUGAGAGUCAGAAGGGAAGUCACUAGCCAAGCAACAAAAAUCAUUGCUAAAUACUCCUCUACCCCAUAGCUAGGUUUUAGUUGUUUGCCUGUUUUUGAGACAGGGCUUCUCUGUCUAGCUCUAGCUGUCCUGAGACUUGCUCUAUAGACUAGGUUGGUCUUGAUACAGAGAUCUGACAGCCUCUGUUGGGAUUAAAGGUGUGUGACACCACUCCUGGCUCCAUAAUGAGUUGUUAGUGAUAAGACUCAUGUGCAGUUAAAUGCAGCUAACUAUGAACAUAAAAAGAAUUUUAUAAAAUUUCCAUGACUAACAAGCUGAGUGGCAGCAAUCAGAACUUAGGAUAAAAGCACUGCUUUUCUAUUAUUCUUUUGUUUUGUUUGUUUUGUUUUGUGUUUAUUGGUUUUUCGAGACAGAGUUUCUCCAUAGUUUUGGAACCUGUCUCCGAACUCUGGUUUUGUAGACCAGGCUGACCUAGAAUUCACAGAGAUCCUCUUGCCUCUGCCUCUUGUGUGCUGGGAUUAAAGGUAUGCGCCAAUGAUAUUCAUCACAGGGGUCUGUCAUCCUCUGAGUAAAGUUUUCAGCACUAAAGGAACAAGGCUUGAGUUGAAAGAAAGUGCUGCUGUGGAGGAAAGGAAGUUGAGGUACAAUCUGUCUGUGCCUUUGCGAAGACAGAAGGAGCUGGUAACGAGAAAGUGUAGGUGCUGGAUGAAACGACGAGACCAUCAUUGCAUCGAUCAACCUAAGAAAGAUUUCAACAAUAAAGCACGGUGCUCUACUUGAAAAGGACUCAGGUAUUCAAUAUUCGACAGGGAGCUAGGGUAAUGGUGGCAAGAGUGGGGAACACAGCAGCUAUGAACUGUGAGGAAGUCCCCGUAAGUGGCAGUGGAAAAGCAAAAAUUAGAAGGACUGAGAGAAGAUACACAUGAAUACCUGAGGAAACACUAGGUAGUCCCGGAAAAGCAGUGAUCACUGCUCAUGUGAAAAUGUCACAGGACGGCUGUUUUUUAUUGUUGUUGUUGUUUUGUUUGUUUGUUUGUUUUCAAGAAAAGGUUUCUCUGUAGCUUUUGGUGCCUGUUCUGGAACUAGUUCUUGUAGACCAGGCUGGCCUCAAACUCACAGAGAUCCAACUGCUUCUGCCUGCCAAGUGCUGGGAUUAAAGGCAUGCACCACCACAGCCUGACUCAAUGUCACAGGACUUUAAAAAAAACUUUUCUUUCCUGUUCAAUGACUUAAUUAGAUAAAGUUAUCAUUCAGGAAAAUAAAGUGAGAUCAGGUGAUCAGGAUUUGGAAAACCUUCUGGGCAUAUGACUCAGAACAGAACGUUGGGCACCGAUGGAAGUCUGGGUUUGAUCUCUCCAUUGCAUGAAACAGGCACAAUGGUACAUGCCUAUUAUUCAAAUGUGUGGAAGGCAGAUGGCUGAGGAUGAGAAGUUCAUCCUUAUUCCCAGAUGCAUAGUGAAUUUUAGGCCAGAUUGAAACAUAUCCAAAACAAAAUAAAUAACAAAAGAAACAGAGUUAAUACUCUAACAAAGGAAGUACGGUGAUGACGUCUCCACAGUAGGAGAGCACUGGGGAAGGUCUCCGAAGGCAUCUGGGAUCACAACUGUAAGAACACUGUGGUAUCCUGAGAAAUACUCUGCUUCUUAGCUCUUUUCAGAUUUCCCAUCCAAACUGGGAUGAGCUAGGGAAACCAUGGACAGUUUAAGGGAAGCCUAGCAAGUACUGCGGGUACUUAGAAAAUGCUGCUCACCGCUCCUUUAUCCUCUCCAUUUCUCCACUCACAUCCCUGACUCAUAGCAGAAAAGGAGGCAGGCAGGUGAGGUGUCUGGCA